GAGGCAGAGCUGGCCUGUGUCUGUGUGUCCAACCAGCUCUCCUCUUAUCCCUCUCUCCCUCCUUUUUUCCUCCCCUUCCCCUUCCCCCCACGGCCACAUCCCACUGCCUGACCGCCGAUGAUGUCCAUCACCACCACCGCCGCCAGCAGCCCGCUCUGCCCGGCGCCCGUCUCCAGGGGCGGCCGGCGGAGAUGCGUCGUUCGGGCUCAAGCCGGAGGAGAGGCGGACAAGUCGGUGGAGAUAAUGAGGAAAUUCUCGGAGCAGUACGCGCGCCGCUCCAGCACCUUCUUCUGCUCCGACAAGUCCGUCACAGCCGUCGUCAUCAAGGGACUUGCUGACCACAAGGAUACCCUCGGAGCUCCUCUCUGCCCUUGCAGGCAUUACGACGACAAGGCCGCCGAGGCAGCGCAGGGGUUCUGGAACUGCCCAUGUGUUCCCAUGAGAGAAAGGAAGGAGUGCCAUUGCAUGCUUUUCCUCACCCCCGACAACGAUUUCGCUGGAGAAGAACAGGUUAUCAGCCUGGAGGAGAUCAAAGAAGCGACAUCGAAGUUCUAACCUACCUUGGCCCCUUUGUUUUGCUUGAGGGCUAUUGUUGGAUCUGUAUAUGUAGUAUCUGUAAGAAAUAAAUGAUGUGGCUUGUCAUAUUUUGCCUGGCCUUGUUGGUUUGAGAAAAACUAAAGUCUGAUGGAUGGAUGCACCAUGACUUGUUUGAUUGCGUGUUUCGAUUAAAGCAUACUACAUAAGAAAGAUGUGGGAAAUCUGAUGAA